AUGGCGGAAAACACAGAGAUCGAUUACACCCUCAAUAACCCAGAUACUCUCACCAAGUACAAGACUGCAGCCCAGAUCUCCCACAAGGUUCUCGAGGCCGUUACAGGUGCGGUGGAUUCCCCCUCGCUGUCUUUGUCAACAGCCGGAGAGUACGGCAAACGAAGGCUGGUUGCCGGUGACAAGCUGCUAGACGCCGAGGUGGCCAAGGUAUACAAAGGCAAAAAAGUGGCAAAAGGAAUAUCUCACCCAACAACCGUAUCCCCAAGCUCUUUUGUGACUCCAUACACCCCGCUAUCAUCUGAUGCGGAGGAAGCCGCAACAGAGCUAAAGGCAAAUGAAGUCAUCAAGAUUCAAUUGGGUGCCCAGAUCGAUGGAUUUGGAACCAUAGUCUGUGACACCAUCGUCGUGGGAGGAAAGGUAACUGGCCGUGAAGCAGACUUGCUCUUGGCUACCUACUAUGCCAACGAGCUUCUCCUCAGGCUCAUGGUCCCCCCCGGUCUCAUCGCCCAGGGAACAGAGGAAGAGAAGAAGAAGGCAGCUGCAGAGAAGGCCCCUACCCAGGCCAAGAUAUCUAGCUUGGUCGAGAAAGUUGCCAAGUCAUAUGACUGCACCGUCGUUGAGAACACGACCAGCUGGCUGUUUGAGCGCAACGAAAUCGAGGGAUCAAAGAAGAUCAUCGUUGCUCCUGGCACCGGAGUCAAGGGAGAAGGUACCCCCGAUGUUCAGGAGGUUUGGGGUGUCGAGGUCGGCCUCAGUUUGGGAUCUGGAAAAUUGAAGACCCUCGAGCAUAGGCCAACUCUGCACCGACGUACCACCACCACCUAUAUCCUGAAGAGACCCAGCUCCAGACAGACUCUAUCCGAGGUCGUCAAGAAGUUCGGAACUUUCCCCUUCAGCUUGCGUCAAUUGGAUGACGAGAGGGCCGGCAAGGUUGGUGUUGUCGAGUGUGUCCGUGGAGGCGUUGUGCGCCAGUAUGAACCUGCUGGAGAAGCAGAUGGCUCUCCAGUUUCAAGACUGUUAACCACCGUUGCCAUUCUUAAGAACGGUCUCAGCAGACUGUCUGCUCCUCCACCUCUCGACCUGGAGAAGGUCCAGUCUGAUAAGAAGAUCACAGACGAGGAGGUCCUGGCAAUCCUCGAGCGUCCGUUGGCCAAGUCUACCGGAUCCAAGGGUAAGAAGAACAAGAAGAAGAAGAAGCCAGCCAAGAAGGCCGCUGCAGAGGAGGAAGAAGAUGACGAUGAAGAAGAGGAGUCUGACGACGAGUAA